AUGGUUUCACCCCAACUGAAUGUACAUCGUAAACGUGUCUUAAUUCAUUCAUUGCAUGAAGCUAAGUUAACCCCAGAUCUUGAUUUAUUGGAUGCUGAUCUAACACAAAUGCCGUUGGGUGACUAUGAAACAUCAGGUAUCGUUCGUGAUUAUUCAUUAAUUAAUCUGCAAGAUAUCGAUUUAUUUAAUUCAUCAUUGAAUUAUCUUAUAUUGACAGGCGCAAAUUUUGCUCGAGCUAAAAUGGUCUUAACUGAUUAA